AUGUCUUCGGAUGGGCGCAAGCUUGACUGCUCCCGCCAUAACGUUAUUCGCAGUGUCAACGCCUGCCUCGAGGCGCUGGGUGGAAAGAAGCAGACUGACAUCUUCCAGUGUGCAGGGCAGGAUCCUUCCGUUAGAAUAGAGGACAUGGUGGAAUACUUGGCAGAUCUCGUCAAAUCAGACAAGAUUGUGGGCUUUGGUCUAAGCGAGGUAAAUGAUGCAGAGACUAUCAAACGAGCAUACGGAAUCUACCCUAUUGCCCUCGUAGAAGUAGAACUAUCCAUCUGGGACGCGCAUGCUCUCCACGCGGCGUACUCAAAACCUGCGCCGAGUUUGGACGAGGCCAUGAAGCAGAACGUCAAGCUCGUGAACGGAGUCAAGGCUCUCGCGGCUCGGAAAGGCGUGGCUCCUGCACAGAUUGCUCUAGGCUGGAUCUUGACGCUCAGCGGCAGACCUGGAACCUUGCAGAGUAUGAUUGCUUAG